AUGGACCGUUUGUACCAUGAGACAAACGCGAAGCUCCAUCAUAUACAUUUUGAGCUUGGCCGGUUGGAAAGAUGUUUGGAUGAAAAUGAAGCUCAGUCGAUUAUGCAGACGAUGCAUGCCCAAUUGAGGUGAGUAUUUAAUUUAUUGCCGGCUUGAAAAAAACUUUGAAGAGUUUAUCUUAUAAUUAUGUACCAGUGAAAUAAAAAAACUCGGAGGUUUCUCUAAAUGAGAAGUGGCGGAUGGAUUUUUCAAUCAAAUUAAUUUCCUGACAAGUAGUAACAGAUUUUUGAUUUUAUUGAAGGGAAUCUCUUCAAAAAAACUAGAAAUUUUUCAUGAAUAGGCCACAAGAUCUUUUUUUCAGAGAGCUUGAAUCUUCCUGCAGCCGACUCGACGAUUACGUGUCCCGGGAACCUCCAAAUCGUCGCCAAGCGGUAAAUAAUUUUUUUCUUUGAAAGCAAGUUUAUCGAAAAUAUUUUUAGGCUCGAAUGCGAGUGGACCAACUAAAAGCUGAUGCGAACAAUGUUCAACUGGCGGCAACAAAUGUUCACGCAAAAAUGACGUCGAAGUGGAGGGCGGCAAGUGAAAGGGACGAGCUUCUGAAGCAAAGGUUUGUUUUGGGAAGAGUUUUUGACGACAGUCUUAGUAUGAUAUGCGCCUUUAAUAAGCAGAAAAAUUGCAUAAAACGAAUGUAUUAUUAAAUUUGGCUUUAGAAAGUGCUCCGAAAAAUUGAAAUCAGGCCAGUAGAAUUUUUGUGGAGAAGCUCUUAAGAGUUUUUAUUGAUUUGAAAAGGCAAGCUUUAGACGAGGAAAAAAUAUAAAUCUUUUCUCAAAUGCGCUGAGGCUUCAUGGCUGAUUAAUCAUCAUUCAAAUUUCAUUUCUAUGCUUUAAAUUAUUGUUAAAAGUUGUAAAACACCAUCAAAAAAAUCCCUUCAAAUGUUCCAGAUUCCGACCGAACGAAUCAACGGCUCUUUCCAUGGGAGACCAUGAGCUUCAACUGAACGACCGACUCCAAUCUUCUCAUAAUGGGGUUCGCAAACUUAUCAAGUUGAAAAAAAGCAUUCUUCUAUUCAGGUUGAUCAGCUACUGAGCCAAGGAACGGCGGUCUUAGAAAGCCUCCGAUCUCAACAUAUGAACAUUCGAGGCGUCAGAAGGAAAAUUCUUGACAUUGGUGGAGCGGUUGGUUUUUUUUCUGAUUUUUUCUUAAUGUCAUUCAAAUUUUUUAGCUUGGAUUAUCCAACACAACUCUACAAAUUAUUGAUCGACGGGUCCGUGAAGAUUGGGUUCUUUUCCUUAUCGGCUGUGUCAUUUGCUGUGUAUUCAUGUACGCCUUCUACCGAUUCUGGAGAGGCUGAUUUUAAUCCAAAAUUUUUUUAAUUAUUUAUUUUUUGACGGUUUAUCCCAUACUUAGAGGUCGCUAAAGAAUUUUUUGUGAUUCGAGAAAAUCUUAUUUAUUUUCAACCAGUGCCCAACUUUCCAUCCCACUAUCGACUUUUGUGAUAAUCUACUUUGUUUGUAAUUUGUGAUUUUUUCCCGGAUUCUGUAACUUAUUAAUAAUAAAGUCUUUUUUUACUGUUAAACUUGUAUGUUUGAUCGGAAAAAAAUAGCUAUAGAUUGGAGGAAGAUUUUGAAUUCAGGAAAAUGCACUUUUUUUCCCUUUUUCUAGUUUUCUUCAAGCUUUUAUUUCAAAUUCAAAAUUCGAGGUUCAAAACAAAAAUUACUUUUUAUUUGCUAUGUGGGGUCCUACCUCAAUCUUUCCGCAUAGAAAAAAGAGCUAACCGUGUGAAAAAUUAAAAAAAAAACUCUUGAGUCAAUGGUGAGUGGAAAAUAUCAAGAUCAUCUCACUGAUAUCUGAUAAUGAGAAGGAUCUGAAUUCCAAAACCUCUUCUUGUUUUUUUUCUACUUCCCUCUCAUCCAGGAAUUCUCGCAUAAAUCUCAUAAUCGAAGAGCGACGGAAAUUACGGGGUUCAGGUCGAUUAGGAAACCUGGCAGUGGUCGUCGCGUAACCAUGGCGUCGUACAUCGAUUCAGGAGGCCAGGAGCGGCACCUGCCGAGGCUCAUUUCUGCCUGCCAUUAUACGAAAAUCCCCUCUUCUUUUCUUCUUUUCAACACGCCAUUCAUCUCUGAUUGCCCUUUUAUCAAUGUUGACCGAAUAAGGACUUUGCAGAAUGCGUGAGAUUGUCCACAUUCAAGCCGGCCAGUGCGGUAACCAGAUCAGGGGCCAAGGUGAAUUUCAAUUCUUGAAAUUAUAACUUGAAUCAAAAAGUUAUCAUUUUUUUAAUUUUUAGGUUUCUCGAAAAUUCUAAUGAUAACAGUUUUACAAAAGCUUUCUGAUCAUUCUGAUUUUUUUCCAGCUAUUGAAAGAAUUUCAUUCCGAAUCAGAAUAAAAUCCCUACCAAACUCAUUUGAGAAAUCAAAGGUUUAUCACACUCUUUUUUUAGCAAAUUUUCAAUCAAAUUUAUUCUCAAUAGUCUGUUAAUCCUUGCAAAAAUCAUUUUGAAACAGGAAAGUUUGUUCACAACUAAAAACUCGUGAGAAUUUACUGAAAUAACUAUUUUGUGUAAACUCACUUGACAUUUAUUUCCCCUUUUAAUUUGAUGCUCUAAAUCAAUUGAAUCAGGCAGUAAUGAAAAAUUAAUCUCAGUUCUGGGAAGUGAUCUCCGAUGAGCAUGGAAUCGAUCCGACGGGUUCCUACAACGGAGAUUCUGACCUCCAAUUAGAGAGGAUCAACGUCUACUACAAUGAAGCGAGCGGUAAGGCUUCCCUUCACCUUUUUUGACCCUUCUUUUUUGUACAGGUGGGAAAUACGUUCCUCGAGCCUGCCUUGUUGAUUUGGAGCCUGGAACCAUGGACUCCGUGAGAGCUGGACCGUUCGGACAGCUUUUCCGUCCUGAUAACUUUGUUUUCGGUUAGUAUCCUUCAAAAUCUUUCCAAACGUGUUUCCUAGGUCAAUCCGGAGCGGGUAACAACUGGGCGAAAGGUCAUUACACAGAAGGAGCUGAAUUAGUCGACAAUGUACUGGAUGUGGUCAGAAAAGAAGCUGAAAGCUGCGAUUGUCUUCAGGUCAGUCUAUUUCAAUUGAAUGAUUGGAUUUUUUCAAAUUCAGGGUUUCCAAAUGACGCACUCUUUGGGCGGUGGCACUGGAUCUGGGAUGGGAACUCUUCUCAUCUCGAAAAUCCGUGAAGAGUAUCCGGACAGGAUCAUGAACACCUUUUCGGUGGUGCCUAGUCCCAAAGUUUCUGAUACGGUGAGUCAAGAAAAUAUUGGUGAGCCUGUUUAGAAACACAAAAGCUUUAUUAAUCAUAAUUAGAAUCAAAAAUUGGAGAAAACUAUCGAAAACUAAUAAAAUAGAUUAUUUGUGACUAGUGUCGUCAAAAAAUUUCAAACUUGGGCAGGUUGUAGGUUCGAGAAACUAUAACGAAUGCAUUUUCAGACCACUCUUCAGAGAUUCCUCCGCCAAAAUUGAUUAGAUUAUCCUUGUUUUUUAGUCAGGAAACCCUUUCAGAAAUGUACAAAACAUCUUAAAGCCAGAAAAUGUUGAUUCAUGACCCCCAUUUUUCAAAUUCAAGGUCGUCGAACCCUACAACGCCACCCUAUCAGUCCAUCAACUGGUCGAGAACACGGACGAGACGUUCUGCAUCGACAACGAAGCCCUCUACGACAUCUGCUUCCGCACUCUCAAGCUCACAACUCCCACUUAUGGCGACCUCAACCACCUGGUCUCCAUGACGAUGAGCGGCGUAACAACCUGUUUGCGGUUCCCAGGACAAGUACUCCAAACCAGUUAAUUGAGUUCCUGACGUGGGAAAUGUUGCAGCUGAAUGCCGACUUGCGCAAAUUGGCGGUUAACAUGGUGCCUUUCCCAAGGCUCCACUUUUUCAUGCCUGGAUUUGCCCCGCUGACUUCGAGGGGAAGUCAGCAGUACAGGUGAAUGAAAUUUUCAAAAAACGGCACAGAAAAAAAAUCGCCCUCUAAUGUCAGAAAAAAUGAGAAAACUUGCUUCGUCGAAUUUUUCGGCUUAAAGGCUCGAAUGAGCUUGAAGCGAAGGAAAUGAUUGGAUCAUCAACAAUGAGAUUGAUUAAAUGAUUGAAAACGCCGUAGGCUCCCGAAAUUACAACUGAAGAGCGAAAAAAGUCGAAUUUUAUCCCCCAUAGCCUGAACCAACCUGCAUCAAUUACUUGGUUUAAUAAAAGUUUUAUCCUCAAAAAGCCAUUAUUUUUCGAAACAGUAAAGUCAUCAAAUGCAACUUAUUGAAGAUCAUUGACGGUCCCUGAACUAACCCAACAAAUGUUCGACGCCAAAAACAUGAUGGCCGCCUGUGACCCACGCCACGGUCGUUAUCUUACUGUGGCUGCCAUGUUCCGUGGGAGAAUGAGCAUGAAGGUGAUUUCACCUCCUUUUUCCAACUUUUAUCGAACAUCGAGCUGUUCAGGAAGUCGAUGAACAGAUGCUCAAUGUGCAAAACAAGAACUCAUCGUAUUUUGUCGAAUGGAUCCCUAAUAACGUGAAAACCGCCGUUUGUGAUAUUCCGCCAAGAGGAGUGAAGGUUAUUGUUGACUUUUGCUAUUUUGAAAAACUGAAGAAAUUACAGAUGGCCGCAACAUUUGUUGGAAACUCAACCGCUAUUCAGGAGCUCUUCAAGAGGAUCUCUGAACAAUUCACAGGUGAGAAAAAACGGGAAUAAUGAAGAUAAUAUUGCCUGAUGGAUGGUUAGAUAUUCGCACUGAAACUGACUCAAAAUCUUUUCUUUCUUGCUUGAAAAUGCUCGAAUCUUGAGAUCAUCCUACAGUUUGAAAUUCAAAGCAAAGUUUUACCUUUUUGAUUUCAAAGGCGCAAGUCGCUUACUGGUCGGUUGCAAGCUCAUAUCAGCCUGUCCGCAUAUGGGAUGCAAGAGCCAUUUUCAGUGCACCAAAAUUUUAAAAUAGAAUGAAUCCGACAAGCAAAAAAAUGUUUCAGCCAUGUUCCGCCGUAAAGCUUUUCUCCAUUGGUAUACCGGCGAAGGUAUGGACGAAAUGGAAUUCACUGAAGCCGAGAGUAACAUGAACGAUUUGGUCUCCGAAUAUCAACAGUAUCAAGUAUGAAUUCUCAAAAAAAUCCUAAAGAAAUGAAAAAUAUUUAGGAAGCCACCGCUGACGAUGAAGCUGACUUUGAUGAGCAGGACCAGGACGUUGAAUAA